ACGCUGGCUGUCGGCCACUUCGGUUCGACAUGAGUGUAUCGAGGGCAUUCAAGGUGCUCGUUACGCACCCGCAGGUGCCGCUGCCGGCGCUGGAGCUGCUCCGCUCCCGCGGCGCCGAGACAAUCGUCUGCCAGAGUGUGCCGCCGUCGCGUGAUGAGAUCCUGCAAAAGGUUGCCGGCGUCGAUGCCAUUUACUGGGCGCACUAUCAGCCCCUAAAUGCCAGCAUUCUCGAUGCAGCUGGACCCAAAUUGCGCGCAGUCAGCACCAUGUCGUCGGGCAUAGACUAUGCUGAUGUGGCUGAGUUCAAGCGCCGCCAAAUUCCAUUGGGGCACACGCCGGGCGUCGUGAAGAAUGCAGUUGCAGAUCUGGCCAUUGGGCUAAUGAUUGCAGCUGGUCGCCACUUUCAUGCGGGCCGCACCAGCAUCGAGACCUCACAGUGGGUAACGGAGCGAAUAGAUUGGCUAAUGGGUAAAGAGAUUCGAGACUCUGUCAUUGGCUUUUUUGGUUUCGGCGGCAUUAGCCAGGCCAUUGCAAAGCGUUUGCAGGGCUGGGAUGUGGCCAAGAUACUCUACACGACGCGCACUCGCAAGGAGAACGAUGUGGACUUCAAGGCGGAGCAUGUGCCCUUCGAGCGUUUGCUGGGAGAGAGCGAUUUCCUCGUGGUUGCCGCACCACUCACCGACCAAACGCGUGAGAAAUUCAAUGCACAGGCUUUCGAGCAAAUGAAAAGCAGCGCAGUCUUUGUCAAUGUGGCCAGGGGAGGUCUGGUUAAACAGAGUGAUCUGCAUGAGGCAUUGAUCACUGGGCAAAUCUUUGCCGCUGGCCUCGACGUCACCACGCCGGAACCACUGCCUGCCAAUGAUCCCAUCCUGAAGCUACCCAAUUGUGUUGUCCUCCCCCAUAUGGGCACGCAGACAAUGAAGACGACCAUCGAAAUGAGCCUCUUGGCAGCCAAUAAUAUCAUCAAUGCGAUUGAUGGCAAGCCCAUGAUUCGGUCAGCCUACUGAGCUACAGGUCUUUUGAAUUAAAUAUUAUUUAUUUUGUAAAUAAAACUUGGGCAUUUCGUAAGUCUCGUUAAAUCGAGGAUUACAUACACUUGCAGCUAUAUUUUUUUUAA